AAGCCUACCCUUUCUUUUAAAAUCUUUCUCUCCGUAGUUUAUUGAAAUCUGGUUUUUCACUUUCUCUACCACUUUCCUUUCCAGAGUGUAAAAAGUUAGUGUCACCAUUCGGCUUAGAAGUGCCCUUAGCUCAAAAGAUACUGAAACUAGUUUUGCAUGAUGAUUGAUUUUGGUUUUGGCGUGCAUAAAUAGUUUCCUGUGUUUUUUUUUGUCUUUUUUGAUAAAUCACAUUUUUCUCGCAUCUCAACAGCCAAGAAAACUCAUUCCUUUCAGCUAAACACAGUUUACUACCCCGGCUGAAAAUCAUACUGUAUGAGCGCAUGUGAAUAGCUGCUGAAGUAGUUUCUUUGCAUUGGAUUAAAUAGCCAGUCAAUCUCUGGACUAACAGUGUAAGAAAAGUGUACUAUAAGUGGACUUGAAGACAUCGACGCUGACUAGAUCACAUCAGCAACCAGCAGCGUACUAGAGGACCCUUUAACUAUUUUUGAACUCUUUUUCUUUUUUGCAAAUUCGUCCCAACCAUUUUUGAAUUUCGGUUAUCGAUCUGCCCGGAACGUGAAACGUGGCGUGUGUUUUUUGUGAUCGAACGUAAUACGUUACUCGUGUCGUGUCUUGGCACCUCGUGGUGCACUUCCGAAACAUCAUGACCGAAUCACCUGACUCGCAGCGGCGCCGGGAGGAAUGUGAGCGAAAGGCCCGCCGAGGGGAGAUGGAUCCCCGGUUGGAGUUCACCUUCCAGCUGCUGAUGGACGCCACCGGAUUGCCUCGGCAUCAGAUCAUGGACCAUAUCUUCGAGGGGAACAUGCUGGACGAGAUCAACCAGCUGUUCCUGCCGAACAUGCGCAACAAGCUGAUGUGGUUCUACCAGGAGGUGGACGAAGUCGAUCAGCCCGCCGAGCGGGACAUCAGCAAGCCCGGUCCGUCGCGGGCGGGUGCGUCCAGUUCGUCGAAAACACCGCAAGGUGCAUCGGGAGCGGCCCACCACAAGCAGCACAAGCUGUUCAUCACCGACGGGUGGAGCUGCGCUUUCACCGGGAUCUGCAUCUAUAUGUUCCGCAUCAACAUCCAGAAGCAGCUGCCCGAGGAAGGUUUCCAUAAGGAUCUGUACUGCGGCUACAUAGAUGCCAACCGGGUCGGCCUGGUGACAUCGAUCGAACGCAUCGUUGAGCACGUUUUCAUGCAAGCUCUAGCCUAUCCCAACAUCGAAUCCGAAGAUGAGGAAAUGAGCUGUAAUCUGAUCAAAUCCCAACUGCUGCCCGGAUUGCGCUCAUUCUGCAGUGCCCUGCGCGUUUGCGAGCAAGUCUGCAAUCAUUUUAACGUGUUUGAUGAUGGGAAGACGAUUGUCUGUCGCGUCGACACCCUGGCGGAGGUUAGAGAAAUGUCGAAAAGUGCGUCUACUUGCGCCGAGCUGGAGGAGCGGGUGAACAAUUGGAUCAAAGGAAUUGCUAAAAUUCUGAUGGAGAGCGAACAACUACGUCGGGAGAAUGAUUCGAGCGGACCCCAGGAUGAGUUGGAAUACUGGAAGCGGCGUGGAGCGCAGUUCUCGCAACUGCUGUCCCAUCUGCAGGAACGAGAAGUGCAGUGGACGUUGUACUGCCUGUCGCAGUCAGGCUCAAAAGUGUUGAAGCAAUGGAAAGAGACCGACAAGAAAAUUACGUUCUGCUACAAUGAAGCUCGUGAUAAUUCCAAGUUUAUUCAGGCUAUGGAGGCUUGUUGUCACUCGCUUUACCUGGAUGACCCAGUCAACAUGAAGGAGUCGAUCGUAAGCCUCCUGCAAACCGUUCGAUUGAUCUAUAGUGUGUCGCAAUUCUACAACACUUCUGAGCGUACGUCCACACUGAUGGUGAAGAUCACCAACCAAAUGAUCGAAACCUGCAAGUCAUACAUUACGUGCCGAGGCAAGGAAACGAUUUGGACCCAGGACCGGGACUUAGUUCGCACCAAACUCACCAAUUGUUUGAAGUUGAAUCACAUCUACAGGGAAACCUACCACGCCGUGAAAUCCCAACCGUUCCUCCCCGACCAGAUCCCGUUCGCCUUUUCGGAGAACUACGUCUUUGGAAAGUUCGACACAUUCUGCGAUCGUCUGUCGAAGAUAAUCGCCAUGUUUAAUUUGAUCGAUGACUACAACCACCUGUUUGAGAGACGCCUCGAAGGGUUGCUCUUGGGCGAAGCUCUUGAAGACGCCAUGAACACCUUCGACGAAGCUCGGGUUGAGAUCAUCAUGAAGAAGUACGACUACCUAGACCAACGCAACGUUGACUUUAACAAUGACUUCCAAAUAUUCAUGCAAAAGACCGACACUUUGAAGGAAACGAUCGCAUCCAUGAUUGAGCACAACUUUGACAGCGUUUGGGAGACACCCCAAGGAAUCCGGUUUUUGGUUCGCUUCGAGAAAGUCAGCGAGAAGAUUCCCCUCAGCACUAUGGACGAGAAGUACCAACGAGUGUCCAAGUAUUGCGAGAAGGAAAUCGAUCGCAUACUGAAGCUUUAUCGAAAGCAACGGGAUGACCCACCAUUGCCGCGAAACUUCCCACCAAUAGCCGGACGUAUCAAGUGGUGUCGCUCGCUGGAGUACCAUUUGGAAGAGCUGGUCACCACGGUGACUACUCAUCCGGUACUAGCCGCGCUCCCCACCACAAAAGAUAUCGAGAAUCGCUACAGCUCGGCCAAGGUCAUCUUGGCCGAGUACGAACAGGAGAUGACCCAGAUUUGGCUCAGUCAGGAUGUUAGUGUGGCGGACGCCUGUCUGGUGCAGCCGAUCUUGGCCCUGCAAGGUGACAGACUGGUCGUCAACUUGCAUCCUACUAUACCGCUGUUGAUACGCGAAAGCAAGUGUAUGGCGAAGAUGAAGAUCGACCUGCCGAUCGUUGCCGCCACGUUGCUCUGUAAACAAACGCACUUCAACACAAUACAGGACUCACUGAAUAGUCUUAUCAAGAUGUUCUUGAAUACCAUCAAGAAGGUCAAGUUGGAGGUCAGGCCAUUGCUGCUGCCGCAACUAGUCCGCUUGACGGCCAUGCUGAAACCGGGACUUAAAUCCAUCAACUGGACUAGCCCUAGGUGGAUCGAAUUCUACGACAACUGUAAGGAAGCCAUCGAAAUGUUCGAUGUGCUGGUAGCCCGCGUCCACGACAUUUACUCCAAUCGUAUUCUGCACGUGUUGACGUCCAUGCAGGACAUCCAGCUGCAAUCGCUUCCGAACGACGACGAAAUGUGGGCGGUGGAUGAGUUCCUGGAGAAUACGGAGGAAACGUGCCGUCAGGCGGCAACCGAGCUAAAUCGCAAGAGCCAAAUGGUGGAGGAGGCAGUCGAAGAAGUCUUGGAUUUAGUGCAUCGUGCUUCUCAGAUAUUCAAACGAAUGGUCGGUGCCGAAAAUGACUUUUUCGUUGAUGAAGACAAAAAACCAUCGGAGAAGUCGUCCCCAACCCCGGAGGGAGACAAUGAUGACGGAAGCGGCCAGCAGCAGGAUUGGAGCAUCCUUUGGUCCUGCUUCGAGAACCCAUUGCAGCUACUGUCGCACCACGGUGGUGGCCUUCCGAAAGGAAUGCAAGACAUGGUAUUCAAUGCUGUCUCGGAGAUGCGGCGCUACUACAGUCGCAAGGUGAUCGAUGUCCUCAUACGCGUGACCCGAACAUCUCUGGACUGCCUGAGGCGGCGGUUCAUCGAGGUCGAAGGCGAAGAUCAACCGCGCAAACCGAUUUUCAUUCUCCAGUCCUUGCUGAUGAUACCGAACGUGACCAUCAGACCGAACCUAGAAGAGCUGCAGGAUGCGUUGACGAUUGCCGGUAAACAGAUAACCGGUGUCUCCAAAGGUGUUGCACAGUGGAACACCGGCAAGGAUAUCGACGAUAAGCCAAGGCCUUCGGCUGCCGCUCUUGCUUCGGCCGCUACGGCGGCAAAGUUGGCAAAAGCGAGCGCCGCCACGCUUGAUGAUAAGUCUCGGCGGCGCAAGAUGUACCGAUUGCAGUCGGAGGAGAAACCCCGUAUGAUACACAUGACGAAGAGUUUCUACAGCUACGUGAUGGACAACAAGGAAGUGGUGAAGACGCUGUCGUUGCUGUCAAGCUGCAUCCGUAACAUGAAGCCCGAGCUACACCAGUUUGUGGACAAGUGGAAGCCGUAUCACUUCCUGUGGAAGAACGAUAAGACCAUACGGCAGCUGCUGGAGUGUACACUUUUCGAGUUUGAAAGCACGCUUCGGCAGCUGGUUGACUUGGAAACGAACCUACAGGUGGAGAAGGACAUGCAGUACUUCGGUCAAAGCAUUGCCCUGUCCACGGAGAAGCUGAAGUUUGGUUUAUCGAUUGAAAUCAAGUCUUGCACUCACAAACUGGGACAGGCGAUGAAGAAAAAGUACAAACGCGAGAUGGACUACGUCUACGCGGUGAUCAACGAGAUGGACCGCAAGCUGGAUCGCCAAAUACGCGAUCUAGACGACGUUCGCACAGUGAUGGAUACCCUCAGUAAGAUCCGCGAACAGGAAGUCGAUAUGGAGCUGAAGAUUGAACCGAUCGAAGAAGCAUUCAACAUGAUGCACAAGUAUGAGAUAGCGGUCGAUCGCGAGCAAAUGGACCAGGUUGACAAUCUGCGCUACACUUGGGUGCGCUUGCAGUCCCGUGCCAAAGAGGUACACUGCAAACUGCUUGAGAUGCAACCAGAUUUCCAAAGCGACCUGCGCGCCAAUUUGGAGAGAUUCAAGCAGGACAAGAUAGACUACGUUGCCGAGUACAGGGUGUCAGGGCCCAUGGAACCGGGCCUGACGCCACGCGAAGCGUCCGACAAGUUGUUGCUCUUCCAAAAUCGAUUCGACGGCAUGUGGAGAAAGCUCCAGACUUAUCAGAGUGGCGAGGAACUGUUUGGUUUGCCUCAAUCAGACUAUCCUGAACUUGGCCAGAUCAAGAAGGAGCUGAACUUGCUACAGAAGUUGUACAAGCUUUACAACGAUGUCAUUGAUCGGGUCAGCAGCUACUAUGAUAUUCCUUGGAGUGAUGUCGACAUCGAAGAGAUCAACAACGAACUGAUGGAGUUCCAGAAUCGUUGCCGCAAGCUACCAAAGGGUCUCAAGGAGUGGCCCGCCUUUUACGCCCUCAAACGAACAAUUGAUGACUUCAAUGACAUGUGUCCAUUGCUUGAGCUUAUGGCUAAUCGAGCGAUGAAACCACGUCAUUGGCAGAGAAUCAUGGAGGUGACAAAAUAUACCUUCGAGUUUGAUAGCGAAGGUUUCACGCUGAAGCACAUUCUGGAAGCGCCUCUACUGAAGCACAAGGAAGACAUCGAAGAUAUCUGUAUAUCGGCAAUGAAAGAGAAAGACAUCGAAGCGAAACUUAAGCAGGUCACGAACGAAUGGUCCGCUCACGAGCUCAGUUUUAUGACCUUCAACAACAGAGGAGAACUGUUGCUACGCGGUGACACAACCGCUGAAACUAUAGGUCAACUUGAGGACAGCUUAAUGGUGCUGAGCUCUCUUCUCUCCAAUCGAUACAACGCACCAUUCCGUAAGCAAAUCCAACAAUGGGUCUACGAUCUAUCCAACUCGAACGACAUUCUCGAAAGAUGGUUGCUAGUGCAGAAUAUGUGGGUCUACCUGGAAGCUGUAUUCGUCGGUGGCGACAUUGCCAAGCAGCUGCCAAAGGAAGCGAAACGUUUCUCCAAGAUCGACAAGUCUUGGCAGAAGAUUAUGCAGCGUGCCCACGAGACACCAGGCGUAGUUGCCUGCUGUGUUGGUGAUGAUUUGCUGAAGCAGUUACUACCGCAUCUUCAAGAACAACUAGAACUGUGUCAGAAAUCCCUUAGUGGAUACCUAGAGAAGAAACGUAUGAUGUUCCCGAGAUUCUUCUUCGUGUCGGAUCCGGCUUUGCUGGAAAUCCUCGGACAGGCGUCCGACUCCCACACGAUACAAAAUCAUCUACUGUCGAUAUUCGACAACACCAGAUACGUAAAGUUCCACGACAUCGAGUACAACAAAAUGAUGGCGAUCAUUUCCUCAGAAGGCGAGAUGAUUCCGCUGGAUCGAGCUAUUCGAGCAGAAGGUUCAGUCGAGACGUGGCUUACGUCAUUGCUGCAGUCUAUGCAACAAUCGCUUCACUCCAUCAUUCGACAGGCGUACCAUCUGAUGAACGAUCCCAACUUUACUCUGCUAUCGUUCCUGGAGAAGCUCCCAGCGCAAGUGGGGCUUCUGGGUAUUCAGAUGAUUUGGACCAGGGACGCCGAAAUGGCGCUGAUGCAAGCGCGCCACGAGAAGAAGGUUAUGUCGGAGACGAACAACAAAUUCUUGGAACUGUUGAACACACUGAUCGAUCAGACUACGCGCGACUUGGUGAAGAUUGAACGCACCAAGUUUGAAACCUUGAUCACGAUUCACGUCCAUCAGCGCGAUAUAUUCGACAUCUUGUGCCGGAUGAACAUCCGAUCGGCAAACGACUUCGAAUGGUUGAAGCAGUGUAGGUUCUACUUCAAGGAAGAUGUCGAUAAAACGUGGAUCAACAUAACGGACGUUACGUUCAUUUACCAGAACGAGUACUUGGGGUGCACAGAUCGACUGGUAAUUACACCGUUGACUGAUCGUUGCUAUAUAACUCUUGCUCAGGCCUUAGCACUGAGUAUGGGUGGAAGUCCUUGUGGUCCAGCGGGAACUGGAAAGACCGAAACGGUCAAGGACAUGGGUAAAACGUUGGCCAAGUACGUAGUUGUGUUUAACUGUUCCGAUCAGAUGGACUACAGAGGCUUGGGACGGAUCUACAAAGGCUUGGCGCAAUCCGGAUCUUGGGGUUGCUUUGACGAGUUCAACCGUAUUGAGCUCCCGGUCCUGUCCGUCGCAGCCCAACAGGUGGCAGUCAUUCUCACUGCCAAGAAGGAGAAAAAGAAGCGAUUCAUAUUCACCGAUGGGGAUGACAUCGAAAUGAACUCUGAGUUUGGUGUGUUCAUCACCAUGAAUCCCGGUUAUGCCGGGCGUAAAGAGUUACCGGAGAACUUGAAAAUCCAGUUCAGAACCGUCGCAAUGAUGGUACCGGAUCGUCAGAUCAUCAUUCGCGUGAAGCUUGCCUCCUGCGGUUUCCUUGAGAAUAUCACGCUUGCCAGGAAGUUCUACACCUUGUACAAGUUGUGCGAAGAGCAGCUGACCAAACAGGUUCAUUACGACUUCGGUCUACGAAAUAUUCUUUCGGUUCUCAGAACACUGGGAGCCGCCAAACGAGUGAAUCACAAGGACAGUGAGAGCACCAUCGUAAUGCGAGUGCUGCGAGACAUGAACCUAUCAAAGCUGAUUGAUGAAGAUGAACCACUAUUUAUGUCUCUAGUUACGGAUCUUUUCCCCAACCAGACGUUGGAGAAAACUAGCUACGGAGAGCUGGAGGCAGCUAUUCAAGUACGCGUUGAACAAGCGGGACUUAUCUACCAUCCUCCAUGGAUACUGAAGCUGAUUCAACUGUACGAAACUCAGCAAGUUCGCCAUGGAAUUAUGACCCUGGGACCCCCAGGAGCAGGCAAGACCUGCUGCAUAAGAAUCUUGAUGAAGUCCCUGACUGACAUCGGGCUUAUUCACAAGGAAAUGCGCAUGAAUCCGAAGGCGAUUACAGCCGCCCAAAUGUUCGGUAGGUUGGACGUAGCCACGAACGAUUGGACCGAUGGUAUUUUCUCAGCCCUCUGGAGGAAAACGCUCAAGGUGAAGAAAGGCGAACAUACGUGGCUCGUACUCGAUGGACCGGUCGACAGUAUUUGGAUCGAGAACUUGAACUCGGUGCUGGACGACAACAAAACCCUAACGCUGGCUAACGGGGAUCGUCUCUCGAUGGCACCGACCUGCAAGAUCAUCUUCGAACCGCACAACAUCGACAACGCGUCGCCGGCUACCGUUUCCCGCAACGGUAUGGUUUACAUGAGUUCGUCAGGUUUGGACUGGAAACCAAUACUCCAAGCGUGGUUGCGGACACGUAGCCCGCUGGAGAAGAAAGUUUUCAACGAGCUGUUCGACGGAUCGUUCCUAAAAAUCUACACCUGGGUCACGCAAAACCUGAUGCUGAUGAUGGACGUGCUGCAGUGCAACUUUAUACAGCAGAUGAUCUACAUUCUGGAUGGAUUGGUUCCUGUGACCGGGGAAAACGAGCAGGAGGUGGCACUGUCUACUACCGGAAGCUUGGACGGUUUGUUUUGGUUCAUGAGCUGUUUGACCUUUUGUACUCAUUUUCUUUCCUUGUUUGCAGACGACAUGAACGACGACGAAGCACCGAAGCCGAAGGAUGAAGCCUGCACCCCGGAGCACUUGAACCGGCUGUACGUAUUCGCCAUUGCGUGGGGUAUCGGAGCGUACCUCAACUCUGCGGACCGCCUCAAGUUGGACGCACACGUCAAGGCCAAGUAUCGCAAUCUGGAUUUUCCCACCGCCGAGGAGAAGCCAGAUUCGUCGAUAUACGAUUAUUUUGUGUCGGCCACGGGCAGUUGGCAGUUGUGGAAAACUCUAGUGACGCCCUACGUAUACCCGGAGCACUCGACUCCGGACUAUUUGAGCAUCUUGAUUCCGAUUGUGGACAACGUACGCAUCGACUACCUGAUCAACGUGAUCGUCAAGCAGGAGAAGGCCGUACUGCUGAUCGGAGAACAGGGCACAGCCAAGACAGUUAUGAUGAAGAGCUUCAUGAAGAAGCUGAACACGGAAACACACAUGGGACGUUCGUUCAACUUUUCAUCCGCUACCAGUCCGUACCACUUUCAGAAAACCAUCGAAAGCUACGUGGAGAAACGGCUGGGCAACAUGUUUGGACCGGGCGGGGGUCGUAAGCUUCUGGUAUUUAUUGACGAUAUCAAUAUGCCUCAGAUCAACGAAUGGGGCGACCAGAUUACGAACGAAAUCGUCAGACAGACCAUGGACAUGAGAGGGUUCUACAGUCUGGAGAAACCAGGAGAAUUUACUAACAUCGUGGACGUCCAGUUCGCCGGAGCAAUGGGUUUACCCGGAGGGGGUCGCAACGACAUACCAGCGCGCCUGAAACGCCAAUUUAGCGUCUUCAAUUGUAACAUUCCAGAUAAUACGUCGAUAGAUACGAUCUUUAGAACACUCGGCGAAGGACACUACAAUGUAAAGCGCGGAUUUUCAAUGGAGGUGCGAAAGCUUGUGAAACGGCUAGUGCCUCUAACUCGAGUGCUUUGGCAGCGUACAAGAGAACAACUUCUUCCCACUCCUGCAAAAUUCCACUAUAUAUUCAGCUUGAGAGACCUUUCCCGGAUAUGGCAAGGAAUGAUCGGAACCUUAUCGACGGUGAUCACAUGCGAAUCGGUGUUGAUUCUACUAUGGAAGAACGAAUGCACCCGGGUGUUCGCUGAUCGUUUUGUAUCGAUGUCUGACACGGAAUGGUUCCUGGAACAGAUGCUUCAAGUACUAGAGACAGACAUUGGGCCCGAGUACAGAGAGAUGGCCGGACCGAGUCCGGUCUUUGUCGACUUCAUGCGAGACGCUCCAGAGCCAACCGGAGAGGAAGGCGAGGAAACAGAUAUGGAAUUACCGAAGGUUUACGAGCCAGUGACAGAUUUUAGUAUUCUGCGAGAACGUCUUAAAAUGUUUCUGCUACAGUUCAAUGAAAUGAUUCGUGGAACUGGGAUGGACUUGGUAUUCUUCCCAGAUGCAAUGCUACACUUGGUGAAAAUAUCGAGGAUCAUCCGUCACCCAAGGGGAAACGUAAUGCUGGUAGGCGUCGGCGGGUCUGGAAAACAGUCGCUUACUAAGCUCGCUUCGUUCAUCGCUGGAUAUAAAACCUUCCAGAUCAGUUUAACACGCUCCUACAACGUAGCUAACUUCCUUGAAGAUUUAAAGCUCCUGUAUCGCUCAUGCGGCGUACAGGGCAAGGGAACGACGUUCCUAUUCACAGACAUGGAUGUCAAGGAGGAAAGUUUCCUUGAAUAUUUGAACAACAUCCUGUCAUCGGGAGUAAUUUCGAACUUAUUCAAUCGUGACGAACAGACCGAGAUAGUUUCUGAACUAACACCGACCAUGAAGCGGGAGAACCAGAAGAAGAACGUGACACAAGAAACGGUAAUGGAAUAUUUCCUGCAGCGUGUCUGUCACCAUCUUCAUGUGGUAUUCUGCUUUUCUCCUGUCGGCGAGACAUUCCGACGCAGAAUUAUGCGGUUUCCUGCAUUGGUAUCAGGUUGCACAGUCGACUGGUUCCAACCUUGGCCGAAAGAUGCGUUGGUGGCCGUCGCUCGACAUUUUCUAACAGAUUUUUCGAUCGAAUGCACCCCGGAGGUGAAGGACGAACUGGUGAGUGCGCUUGGGACAAUACAAGACGUAGUGUCACAGACUUCUCUGGAAUACUACCAACGAUUCCGCCGUGCAACGCACGUCACUCCCAAGUCAUACCUGAACUUUAUAGCAGGUUACAAGAACAUUUACACUCAAAAGCACAAGGAGUUAUGCGACGGAGCGGAGAAGAUGGAUACUGGUCUGGAAAAGCUGGCCGAAGCUUCCGAGUCAGUCGAAAUUCUGAAACAAGAGCUCGCAGUGAUGGAAAAGGAUUUGGUGGAGGCUUCCGCCAAAGCCGAGCGCGUAUUGGUUGAAGUUACAGAGCGAGCUAUGCAGGCUGAAGUAUUCAAGAACCAAGUCCAGGUGGUGAAAGAAAAGGCCGAAGCCUUGGUGCAGAACAUCGCCGCUGAAAAAGGAUUUGCCGAAGAAAAAUUGGAAGCGGCCAAGCCUGCACUAGAAGAAGCAGAGGCAGCGCUCAAUACCAUCAAACCAGCUCACAUAGCUACAGUCCGUAAGCUUGGCAGGCCGCCUCAUUUGAUUAUGCGUAUCAUGGACUGCGUAUUGAUUAUGUUCCAACGGAAGCUACAUCCGGUAAUCGCAGACACGAGUGCGCCAUCACCCAAACCCUCUUGGCAGGAAUCUCUGAAAAUGAUGGCUAGCACAACUUUCCUGCUUCAGUUGCAGAACUACCCGAAAGAUACCAUCAACGAUGAAAUGAUCGAGCACCUGCAGCCGUACUUCCGAAUGGAGGACUACAACAUGGACACAGCCAGAAGGGUGUGUGGCGACGUCGCAGGGUUGCUAUCCUGGACCAAAGCUAUGGCAUUCUUCCAUGGGGUGAACAAGGAAGUACUGCCGCUGAAGGCAAACCUGAUGCUGCAGGAAGCUCGUCUCAAGAUCGCCAUGGACGACUUGGCCGCGGCCGAGAACCAACUGGCUGAGCGUGAAGCUGCCCUGCAGAAAGUCAAAGACCAAUACGACGCCGCCGUUUCCGAGAAACAACGGUUGACGGAUGCCGCGAACAGUUGUCUGCGCAAAAUGACCGCAGCCACAGCGCUGAUCAACGGUCUGGGCGGUGAGAAAACCCGCUGGACACAGCAGAGCAAAGAGUUCAAAAUUCAACUCGGCAAACUCGUUGGAGAUGUCUUGCUUGCAACAGGAUUCUUAUCCUACUGUGGCCCAUACAACCAGGAGUUCCGCGGAACUCUAUUCAAAACGUGGAUGAACAUCUUAAGAACUCGAACCAUACCGUAUACGACAGGACUAAGUAUCAUCGGAAUGUUGACCGACUCUGCCACUAUUUCCGAAUGGAAUCUGCAGGGUCUACCAAACGAUGAACUUUCCAUUCAAAACGCAUUGAUUGUAACGAAAUCCAGCAGUUAUCCGCUGUUAAUUGACCCCCAGAGCCAGGGAAAGAUCUGGAUUAAAUGCAAAGAAGAUCAAAACGAGCUGCAAAUUACGUCUCUCAACCACAAAUACUUCAGAACCCAUUUGGAGGACAGUUUGUCCCUCGGACGUCCACUGUUGAUCGAAGAUGUUGGAAUAGAGUUGGACCCCGUCAUUGAUAAUGUGUUGGAGAAGAACUUCAUCAAAUCUGGAUCCAUGGAGAAAGUGCUCGUCGGUGAUAAAGAGUGUGAUGUGAUGCCAGGUUUCAUGUUGUAUAUCACCACCAAAUUACCAAAUCCUGCUUUUAGCCCCGAGAUCAGUUCCAAAACAUCCAUUAUUGAUUUCACUGUAACCAUGCGCGGCUUGGAGGACCAACUGCUCGGUCGCGUUAUAUUGAUGGAGAAGGCCGAUCUAGAAUCGGAACGAGUGCAACUGUUUGAAAGCGUCAUGAAGAACCAACGCAGCAUGAAAGAGCUGGAAGCCAAUCUACUUCUCCGUCUGACAUCUACCGAGGGAUCUCUGGUAGACGAUGAAGCACUGAUCGAGGUGCUGCAAGAAACGAAAACUACCGCCGAAGACGUGAACCAGAAGUUGAAGAUCGCCGAAGUGACCGAGAAGAAGAUCAUGAUCGCUCGAGAGGAGUUCCGAGCGGUGGCAGCACGAGGAUCAAUCCUAUACUUCUUGAUCGUGGAAAUGUCGAACGUGAAUGUUAUGUAUCAGAACUCGCUGAAGCAGUUCUUGAUCAUAUUCGACAACUCGAUCACCAAAUCCGCCAAGAGUAACAUUACUGAGGAACGAAUCAACAUAAUUCUAAAGUACCUCACAUACGAGGUAUGGGCUUUCACGAGCCGUAGUUUGUACGAGAGACAUAAGCAGUUGUUCACUCUCAUGUUGGCGGUUAAAAUUGACUACCAAAAGGGCAACAUUAGCCAUGAUGAAUUCAUGGCAUUCGUCAAAGGAGGUGCAUCGCUGGAUCUGAACGGAGUAACUGCAAAGCCCUUCAAAUGGAUUUUGGACAUAACUUGGUUAAACUUGGUUGAAAUUAGUAAGUUGAAAACUUUCAGUGGAAUAUUGAAGAAGAUCGAAUACAACGAAAGGGAGUGGAGAAUGUGGUACGAAACCGAACGACCCGAAAUGGAAGUCAUCCCUUGCGAUUAUGAAAACGAGUUGGAUGUUUUUAGGAAACUGUUGUUGAUACGAUCUUGGAGUCCGGACAGGACGGUUUCGCAAGCUAGACGUUACAUCGAGGUAUCCCUUGGCAAAGAAUACGGAGAAAUGCACAUUUUAGAUUUGGAUAUAACUUGGUCGGAAUCGGAGCCUCGGACACCUUUGGUAUGUAUCUUGUCCAUCGGCUCCGAUCCGACCGUCCAAAUUGCGGCGCUGGCCAAAUCCAAGGGCAUCCCACUGAAGACAGUUUCCAUGGGUCAAGGUCAAGAAUACCACGCUCGUAAAAUGAUGACGGAUUGCAUGGCCUCUGGAGGAUGGCUACUACUUCAAAACGUCCACCUGUCUCUCACAUUCUGCAAUGAAAUUAUUGAUAUCCUAAUCGAAACCGAGCACGUAGCGGAAUCAUUCCGCCUUUGGAUAACCACCGAAACGCACCAGCACUUUCCAAUUGGCUUGCUUCAGAUGGCGAUCAAGUUUACCAACGAACCACCGCAAGGAAUUCGCGCCAGCUUGAAGCGUAGCUAUCUUACUUUCACACAGGAUUACCUAGAUUACACCUCGGCACCUCAGUGGCCACCGCUGUUGUACACCGUAGCAUUCCUGCACUGUGUCGUUCAAGAACGACGUAAAUUUGGUCCUUUGGGAUGGAACAUCCCGUACGAGUUCAACGCGGCGGAUUUCUCCGCCAGCGUGCAAUUCAUCCAAAACCACCUGGAUGAAAUGGACCCGAAAAAAGGCGUAUCAUGGCAAACGCUUUGCUACAUGCUCGGUGAAGUCAUGUACGGAGGACGAGUUACGGACGACUUCGAUAAACGCCUGCUUACCACCUUUACGCAAGUGUGGUUCUCGGAACAUCUUCUCACACCGAGUUUCGAGUUCUACAAGGGAUACCGAGUUCCAAACUCGCGAAACAUUCAAACCUACAUAGAUUAUAUUAAUCAAUUGCCUUCGACGGAUACUCCAGAGGUGUUUGGCUUGCAUCCCAACGCGGACAUUACCUAUCAGAUCAAUACGGCAAAGGGCAUUCUGGAUACCAUCCUCAGUGUACAACCGAAAGAGGGUGGUGGUGGAGCUGGCGAGACUAGGGAAUCGAUAGUUUGGCAGCUGGCAAAUGAUAUGUUACGCAAGCUGCCUCCGCAGUACGUUUCGUUCGAGGUGAAGGAGUCGCUGGCCAGGAUGGGUGCGCUGUUGCCGAUGAAUAUUUUCCUAAGGCAGGAAAUCGACCGAGUGCAGCGCGUAAUCAAUACCGUUUACACCAAUCUGUGCGACCUGAAGCUGGCCAUCGACGGCACGAUUGUGAUGAGCCACUACCUACGACAGUCUUUGGACGCGAUGUACGACGCCCGCAUUCCGGAGAAGUGGCAAAAGAUAUCUUGGGAAUCGACCACGCUUGGAUUCUGGUACACUGAACUGCUGGAACGGAAUCAACAAUUCCGUGCAUGGAUCAGCAGUGAUCGCCCGAAGGUUUUCUGGAUGACGGGAUUUUUCAAUCCUCAAGGAUUUUUAACGGCUAUGCGGCAGGAAGUCACCCGUGCUCACAAGGGGUGGGCUUUGGAUUCGGUGGUGUUGCAGAAUCAGAUAACCCGCUAUAACAAGGAGGACAUCCAUGAUGGCCCGCAGGAGGGUGUUUACGUUCAUGGUCUAUUUUUGGAAGGUGCAUCCCUCGAGCGCCGAACCGGUAAGCUAAUCGAAUCCAAGGCAAAGGUCCUGUACGAGCAGAUGCCCGUUAUCUACAUCUACGCCAUCAACACAACGGCCGGCAAGGAUCCCCGGCUGUACGAGUGCCCGAUCUAUCGUAAGCCCCAGAGAACCGACCAAAAGUAUGUCGGUUCAAUUGAUUUCGAAACGGAUUUCAAUCCACGCCACUGGACGCUACGCGGUGUGGCUCUGCUGUGUGAUAUCAAAUAAUUUGUGAUAGGGAUUGUUCGAUUCAUUUUGUUGUUUCUGAUCAAUUCAUCAGACGUAGCACUCGUUUGUUGUUUCUAGUUCAAAAAGGCACUUUAAUGUGAGUUUAAAGCAGAUGAAAACAAUUAUAUGACUUCUACUACUGCAAAGUAUGAAAAGAGAGCACCUCCCCUCACAGACAAAAUAUAAAACAAGAAAUAAAAA